AGUUUCUAACGGGAGUGCGAAAAGUUUUUGUUAUCGAUCGGGAAGUGCAAAAAAAGUGAACAUUUUCGUUUUUUCGGGUGUUUUCCGGGUUUAAUCGGUUCGCGAAGUGAUCGUAACGCGUGGAAAUGCAUCGUUCCGUCGGCGAAGAACCGGAUUGCGUGGAGAAUGUGGAAGAAAUUCCAUCUGACAACAAUCCCACUGCUGUGAUUUCCUUCGCAAUCAAUGCAGACUCGCAAUCCGGUCCUAGUGGAGACUACAACGCAAAUGUAGUCAAUCAGCAGAAUCUGUCGUUGUCGGAGCCACCAUCAUUAUCGGAUGGUCAUUCGUCGGUGGGUGGCUCUAGUGAUUCGACCAGCAUAGUAACCAAUGUCCGCGGUUCCAUUAAUUUUACCAGCACACCGAAGCUAGGUGCCGAGAGGAAUUCUAAAAACGGCUCUCAGCUUCAACUUGCAUCUCAGCCAGGCAACGGUGCUGUUCCUGGAUCCGGCCCGGGUGGAGGGUCAAGCAAUGUAGAAGGAAAUCAGGUGGAUGAAGGUGACACGAUUACAAUAGUUGAAAAUCCUGCAGAGGUUGAGUCGGUAAAGUCACCCGUUAUUACAACCAAUUCGUCUGUAAGGCUGAGCUUGCUUCCAUGGAAUACACAUAAUAGGGCUGCGGUUGUUCAUACCAGCGCUUCCGUUGCGAUCGACAUGAUGGCUGCUUUCGAUGGGACAAUGAGACCUGGUGAAAUAGUUAUGCGAACCUUGUUCGCUGAUUUUACUGUCCAAGCGGAGAAAAAGAUUGAAAUAGUUAUGCUGGAAAGUUCGGAUAAAAAUUUAGCCAAAUUACUACAGCGGGGAGAAGAUAGUCAGUUUGAUCAACUUUUGCAGGCACUUGGCUCAGUUGCAGAACAUUGUUUACCAUCACUCUUGAAGGCCCUGCUAGCUUGGCAUAGACAUCAGAUCUGUGACGGCGAUAUCAAACGAGACUACAAACGAUUAGAGACUGAACGACAGCCAAUUGCAUCUAAAUCGAGCAAUGAUUUAGAGUUUCAACUCCAACGACGAGAAGCCGCAGUUGAAUUCAUUUUCUGCUUGGCUCUGAUUGAAAUUCUAAGACAAUUUUCAUUCCAUCCGGGUCAUGACGAUAUCGUGAAAAACAUUGAAAAUCUUGCCUUUCGUCAGUUCAAGUACAAAGAAGGAGUGCAGGCAUCUCCAAAUGCACAGUACAACCAUAUGAUUGCGGAUCUGUAUGCCGAGGUGAUCGGUGUGCUGGCACAAAGUCGUUUCGCCUCGGUGAGAAAACGGUUCAUGACGGAGCUGAAGGAACUUCGCAGUAAGGAACCGAGUCCACAUGCAACGCACAGUAUUAUAAGUUUAUUGAUGGGAAUGAAGUUCUUCCGUGUCAAGAUGGCUCCGAUCGAGGAGUUUGAGGCAUCGUUUCAGUUUAUGCAUGAAUGCGCGCAGUAUUUUUUGGAAGUCAAGGAUAAAGAUAUCAAACAUGCGAUGGCUGGCCUAUUCGUGGAAAUUCUGGUUCCAGUGGCUGCGGCUGUUAAAAACGAGGUCAACGUACCAUGCGUGAAGAAUUUCGUCGACCUGCUGUACUCGCAAACACUGGACGCAUGCACCAAGUCGAAACACAAGCUGGCACUGUUUCCAUUAGUUACGUGCCUCUUGUGCGUGUCACAGAAAUCAUUUUUCCUCAGCAACUGGCACUGUUUCCUAGCCAUGUGUCUGAGUAAUCUGAAAAACAAGGAUCCCAAAAUGAGCCGGGUGGCGCUAGAGUCAUUGUACCGUCUUCUGUGGGUUUACAUGAUACGAAUAAAAUGCGAAUCAAACUCGGCGACCCAUUCGCGACUACAAAGUAUUGUCAAUUCGUUAUUUCCACGUGGUUCGAAAGCGGUUGUACCGAGGGACACACCGUUGAAUAUUUUUGUCAAGAUUAUUCAGUUCAUAGCUCAGGAACGGCUAGAUUUUGCUAUGCGAGAUAUCGUUUUCGAGCUGCUGUGCGUGGGACGCCCUAUCAAAAUAAUUAUGACACCGGAAAGAAUGAGUAUUGGGCUACGCGCAUUUCUGGUUGUGGCGGAUUCAUUGCAGCAAAAAGACGGUGAGCCACCAAUGCCUAGAACUGUUGGGGUUUUGCCAUCAGGAAAUACGCUGCGCGUGAAGAAAACUUACUUGAAUAAAAUGUUGACUGAAGACACCGCUAAAAGUAUUGGAAUGUCAAAUUACUUUCCACACGUGCGACGGGUUUUUGUAGAUAUCUUGCGAGCACUUGAUAUUCACUGCGGAAGACCUUUGAUGAUGACGAUUAAUCAGAAUCUCAACAAAGAACCGGACGAGAUGCUUACCGGCGAAAGAAAACCGCGCAUUGAUCUUUUUAGAACCUGUGUUGCUGCUGUGCCAAGAAUAAUACCAGACAAUAUGACUGGUCACGAGUUGGUUGAUAUGCUGUCUAGACUAACGAUUCAUAUGGACGAGGAACUACGAGCGUUGGCUCACCAAUCUCUGCAAACACUGGUAGUAGACUUUGCUGACUGGCGACAGGACGUGAUUCAAGGAUUUACUCAGUUCUUGGCAAGAGACGUUGUUGAUACAUUCCCUCAUUUAUUGGACAACGGACUAAGAAUGCUUUUUGCCUUUCUGACAGUUUGGAAAAAUGCUAUCAGUAAUAGUAGUACGAAUAAUAGCAACAGUAACACUCUGAACACAAAGGUUGGCUCGAAUACGGCGGUAACACAACGGGUUGUGUUUCACCAGCAGCAACAGGACUCCGGCUUUUCCAAAUCGCAACCACAACAAAAUAUGUCAUCGUUAAAUGCAGCCACAAUUAAUUCCAACUCAAGUGGGAGCUCCGGAAUAUCAUCCAUAACGCAAACCACCACAAUUGCUGCAGGAGGUACUACGGAAUCCACUGGGCAUGGUUCGACGAUUUCGGGGAGCAAAAAACAUCACGAGCAACCGCUCGCUACGACCAUGCACUUAGUGGAGGGUUUCGCGCUUGUGAUGCUAUGUAAUUGUCGCCCCGCUCCGCGGAAAUUUGCGGUGAACAUUUUAAAGGAGGUGAAAAUUUUAAUGAAAGCACUUGGGAUCGUAGAAACUGAACCACCGUUAAUUGAUGUAAUUGAUAAAUGCUGUCCACAGGUCCUGGAAAGGUGUUUGCACAUGUUACCGCAGGCGGACCGGACCGCCAUGCUGAAUGCGAACCUCAUCGAUCUGCAGUGGAUAGUGGACCGUAAUAGUGGCGUGUGGACAGUGGGCAACAUUGAGGACUCGGCGAAAGCAUCAACUUUGACCCUGUGCCAUUCACAAUCGACCGGCCAAGCAUAUGAUCCGUGGAGUGUGUGCUUGUUUGGUUUCAUGGAACGUCAACACGUCCUUCAGUACUGCCCGUCUGCGGUAGCCCAGGCGUGGCCUAUUUGCUACCAACGGGUGACUAGUUUAUUCAAUGUGAUUGAUCCCACGCCUGUUAGUGAUAAUCGUGCGUCCUUGCUUCGAAGUUCAGCGCCUCCCAAGAAACCCCCUUCGGAAGCCCAGCGUGAUUCAUUGGCACACCUGUGGAAGAACCAAGUGGCACUAGCGAUGCGACUCGUACCACAAAUGCCGAGUGUAGCCGUCCGUUGUGCCUCACCGGAUCUAAGCCUGAGUCUGCAUGAUCAGUCGGAUUCCCGCUCAUUGUCCGACUCGUUGGACAACAUUCCGUCAUCCGUGUUUGGACCAGAAGGAAUCGUAACUCGGUUCACCUUACCUCUAUCGUAUGGCCGCAAAGAUGCCAGACAUAAGCGACAAGGCUCAUCGCCGGACUCGCUGUCAGCCGACCGAAGUGACAAAUCCAGCGGCACGGCCGCUUCCCCGGUGGCACUGUAUAAACUUGUUAUACCACUGUUGCGCUGUGAAGUUUCUGACGUCCGUGAUGCUGCCGUCAACGCACUAGGAAUGAUUAACCACGACGCUCUCAAAGAUCUGAUGGAGGAGUUGGCAGUAUACAUACGGGAAGCCAUAGAUCGUAAACAGGAAAAUAUGCGUAGGCGCCGGCGGCGGGACGCGCUUCGUCUCCAGUUGGUUCGGGUGUUGGAGAAAAUUGUUGAAAAUGGAACUUUCGGUAGAAGUCCAUUUGUGCUGGAACGGGAAACCAUGUCACUCCAUCCGACAUUCGUGGAGUACAUUGAUGGGGCUCGUUUGUAUCUGGAAGCUGAAACGGAUAAAGACAACAGCAGCAUGCGUGAGGUGAAAACUCAUUUCUGUGACUUCAUUCGGAAAAUGAUUAAAAACUUUUCACUGGAAUCAUGUCUCACGUUACUAACACGUGAACUGAAGCGGAAUUUGGUUAAUUUGUUUGCUUCUUGGAGCGGGUCAUAUGCGGCCCCGUUCGGUACCACAGGAGGGAAUCAUAGCGUGGUGAGCCACCAUGCAGUCAGCAGUAGUAGCACUAUUAGCAGUAUUUCUUUUGAUGAGGAAAAAUUACAGUUCAGUGCACUGCAGGCAACAUCUGCUUUGCUUUGCUGUGGACCUUGCUACGAGCCCAGCCAUUUGUCAGAGGAUGGUGUCAUUUACAGCUGGCUGGAUAUGUUGAUGGCGUCGAAAGAUGAGAAGAUAUAUGAUCUCGCAAAGGAAACGGUAGUGCUGCUGCUCGAAUCCAAUCCAGACAUCGGCCAAUUACUCGAGUGGGUUAUCGAUCGUUGCUAUACAGCUUGCCCUCGUGAGGCAGACGCUUGCUUUCUUGCUCUAGCUGUCAUCUUCAGUGCCCGAGAGUACCCGUGUGAUCACUACACAUCUGUUAUCAACGUUACAUUGCUGAUGACUGGAUGCCCGCGAGUGGAGGUGCAUUCUACCGCUCUUCAGCUGCUGCAGAUUCUAGACAAACGCUUUUUCGGAAACGUUGGACCGCUUCCAUCCGAAAACGAUAGAGAACUGGAUAAAGCUGGAACUUUGGAUGCUAUUCUAAGCGGCGCGUAUUGCCGAUCGCAGAUGUACCUUUCGAGACAGAUGGCUAGAUUGCGACCGGAGCUUACAAUGUCUAUGUUUUCGGAAAUAACACAUCGGUUCCAGACGGCCCGCUCGGAAGUUCGUGCCUUGCUGUUGCAGUGUUUGCUCCCCUGGUUGGAGAACGUAGAACUGGUAGCAUCCAGUGUUCCACCAGCGACGCCUCUCUCCUACAUCAUGUACUAUCCAGAUUCGAGCACACGAGGCAGACGAGAAGGUUCCGGUUCCACUGAAGCCACCGAGAUGAUUUUGAACAAUUUGUUCUACAUCACUGCAAAGUUUGCUGACUCACAUCCGUACAUCGAGGAGCUUUGGGGAACGCUGUGCCAGUUUUGGCCUAACAACUUGAAGGUGAUUUUACGCUACCUGCUCAUCAUCUCCGGUAUGGCCCCGAACGAACUGUUGGCCUACGCCAAACGGGUUGCCCUUUACCUGGCCCGGUCCUGCACCAACCGGCUCCUGGAUGAACUGAUGAGUGAACUGCAAACCGUUGAGACGCUGAAUUGUCUAAUUGAGCGGACGGAGACUCCUCCGUUCUAUCGGCUAACGAGCAUGCGGAAGGCAUCCAGCCAUUCGGACGGACCGGCUUCUGGCAAUAACGACCCGAAGGUGCAGGACGUCGGCGUGGAGAAGGGAACAAUUCACACCAAGCGACACAGCGGCGAAGAUCACAUUAAGUCGGGUACAUGCAAAUCGGAUAGCGCCCUCCGUGCCUUUGCAAAUAGUUAUCGGCCCCCGCGGGGCAGUGAUAAAAUCCGCACGGCUUCCGGUCCGUGCGUGUUGCCUCGUCACGAUGACAUGAUGCUGAUGAACGAAACCGAAAUGAACCAGGAGGAAAACUUUCCCCAACUGCGUAAUAACGAGCAACCGACGGCCCCUCACCCAUUGCCGAUGCCGGAGUACGGUGGUUAUUUCGCCCCACUAACCGAGUUUUUACCCGAUGCUACGAGUCCGAUCAGCGGAUUUCAUCGUUGCAACGUGGCCGUUAUGCUACUGACCGAUAUCGUUGUGGAUGGCAUCCCAGGAUUGGAUUGGACCUUACAUGUGCCACUCAUGCUUCACAUACUGUUCCUCGGGUUGGACCACACCAGACCGAUAGUACGGGACCAUUGUAAAAAGCUGCUGCUCAAUUUACUGAUCGUUCUAGCAGAGCACAGUGAUCAUCUCAACGUUGCCAAGAUUCUACUCAACAGUGACACUUCCAAACUUCGUCUGGGCUUGAGCGUACCAUCGCUGCCCGUGAUCGAUCACAACUUCACCGAGCUGGACCAGGAGUUCGAUAGCUAUCUAUUCGGUUUGAAUAGCAACCUUCCCCAGACGACACUAUCACCGGCUUCAAAUCAACCGAACGAGGAAACACCCGUUCCAACUAUUGUCACCGAGGAAAAUGCCCCUCCCCAACCGGGACCCUUGAUGCCCACAGCACACGUAAUCAAGAGUCUCAUUCGGUUUCUAUCCCAAGACAGCGCACAGCCGCUGUGGAACUACGAGGACAUCACCGCGAAGGUGUGGACUAUUAAGUCGGCGGAACAGUUGCAGUGCUUCCUCCGGCAUAUCGUGAAGGUGUUCUCCGACAGCUAUUCUCAUGCUAGAAUUGCCGAACGAUGGGCACAAACGGCGUUGCAGUUGGGGCUCAGUUGCUCCUCGCGUCACUAUGCCGGACGUAGUUUGCAGGUGUUCCGCUCGCUCAAUGUGCCGAUCAACUCGCGCAUGCUGAGCGAUAUUCUAUCACGUUUGAUUGAAACCGUGGCCGAACAGGGGGAGGAUAUGCAAGGUUACGUUACGGAGCUACUACUAACCCUAGAGGCAGCCGUCGACAGUUUGGAUUCUGAUUUUCGACCACUGGAUGUAAUGAAGGAUAUAUUCAAAAGCACUCCGAAUUUGAACAACAAAGAUGGCGCUAUUUCGAAUGUGUACGGCAAUAAAAGAGCUAGUGAUGGUCUCCCAGGAUCACCUCAAACUAUGACCAAUAUGGGCUCGGGGGGACAUACAAGAAGUACAAGUUAUUCAAUCUCGUACUGUUCUCGAAAAGCAGCAAACUCGCCAAUCGACAAACAGGUGGAACUUCGCAAUCGUACGAAUGCUUUGGAGUUAGACCGAAAUGCAACCAAAUUUCAAGUUGCUUCGUCGUUAUCCAGAUCACGCAGCGCACAAAGUUUGAAACUACUCGGCGAUACAGCUACCCAAGAUGAUAAAAUGACUAUUCUAGCACAGUUAUUCUGGCUUGCGGUAUCUCUGUUGGAAAGUGACUAUGAACAUGAGUUUCUACUAGCACUUCGAUUGUUGACUAGAGUGCUCCAUCGUCUACCGCUAGAUCGUCCGGAUGCCCGUGACAAAGUUGAGAAAUUACAACAGCAACUUAAGUGGUCUACUUAUCCGGGAAUGCACGCUUUACUUUUGAAAGGCAGUACGCACGCCACGACUUACGAGCCAUCAAUCGCUGUUCUUUCGCAGCUGGCACCGCUACUGAAUCUUCCGGUAUGUGACCCGACGCAAAGUUGUGCUUUCCCAAUGAAUGUAAUUGCACUGCUUCCCUACAUGUUGCUUCACUAUGAGGAUGCAAACGAAAUCUGCAUUCGAAGUGCGGAAAACAUUGCGCAGGUUUCCUCCGAAAUGGGUUUGAAACUGGAGAACCUUGGAACGGUGAUGACGCUUUACAGCCGAAAAACAUUCAGCAAGGAAUCGUUCCAGUGGACGAAGUGUGUAGUGAAAUAUCUGUACGAUACGUACGCUCACAUGGGGUUGCACAUGCUUGCGUUCUUGACUGAGGUUAUGGAAAAAGGACCCAACCAGAUUCAGCUGCAGGUGCUAAGCGUAAUCCAUUGUAUGCUGCACUACAUUGAUCUGUCAUCAGUACAGGCGCAACCGAUAGCCGGAGAUCUGUUGAGAGUAAUUUCCAAGCAUCUUGAUAGCCCAAACUGGAAGGAAGCGCUGAAGAUUCUCAAACUGGUUGUCACACGCAGUUCCAGCUUGCAGGUUGUUCCGCAGACCAGCGAGAGCAGCUCAUCGUAUGCUAAUAUCCACGGCAGCUACAGUGACUCGGAAGUGUUCUGCAAAAAAGAGCUAGCCGGUCGUACCAUGGAAUUCUCGUUCGAUGUUUCACAGACACCUUUGAUCGGGCGUAAAAUUUUGCUUAAAUCGGAUGGAGAAAGCAGUUUUGUCUCUGCACAAUUCUCUAAAAACGGUAUAUCUUGUGUCGGUGGUGCGGGGGGUCCUCACCACGGUGCCUAUGCCGGAACUCCAAACUCUCCUCGUCGAAGUGCAAGUCUUUCGCCAGCAGAUACAGCACCGCUCAGUGGGUGGAAACGGCCAUGGAUGUCACAGGGUCGUGUACGUGAAUGUUUGGUUAAUCUUCUUACUACUUGUGGACAGCGCGUCGGAUUACCAAAGAGUCCAUCGGAUGACGUCUUAAGCUCGCUUUAUUCGAAGGUUAUCUUCAGUCAAUCAUCGGAUCUUCUCGAAAGACAGUCGUCGGCUGCCUCCAGCACGGAUGAAACCUCCGGAGCUCAACAGGACCUUAGUGGUGGAUCCAAACGAGACGACGGCCCACCAGACUUUGGUGUUUUCAAAGAUUUCGAUUUCCUGGAGUAUGAAAGCGAAAGCAUCGAGGGUGAAUCGACCGAUAACUUUAACUGGGGAGUCCGGCGAAGGCCGCUUUCGGAAGGUGACAGUGAACCAUUAUCUGGCACCAAGGCGCACUCCAAUAUCGACGAAAGCUUAAGUGAGAAGACUCCCGUAUUGAACCGGCGUAAGAGACCGAACGCGGAUGACUCCAGUGACGAAGAAGUGGAAUCCGAGUCUCCUUUGGACGAGGAGCAGCGUCCGAUCUUUUCCAAGACCUAUCUCGGUGGACCACCGACAAGUUUGAGUUUACGGGAGCGAAGACAUAGGAGGGAUUCUGUGUCUCGUAGUGACACUAGUGGUUCUAGUGCCGGGGAUCUCGGUGACAUAACACCUUGUAAUGCCUCACCCCAUUUACCCGGUUUAUUGUCAUUCCGAGCUCCGAUUCGGGAUGAGAGUGAGGAAGUUUGGAGAAGAAAUCUUGUUGGUUUGUUAAUAAAUCAACCAUCCGGUCAUGCUCCGGAUCUAUUGGGCCAGUUGUUCAAAUUGAUCAAAGAACUCUCCCAUAGAUCAAUCUCAAUUUCAAAAGAGUGCAUGCGUUACUUUACCGGUACUGGAGUUCAAUUAGGUCAUCGUAUAUCAGUGUUAUCCGAUCUGUUGUCCUCUAGAGGAGAACCACCAAAAAUAUGGUACCACCAAACUUUGGCAACAACACCAAGGUUGUUCGAAAAUUUACGAUAUGGCGUUUUGGAAGUUCAAGAGCAUUUAGAAACAUUUUUCGAUAGAAAAGACACCGUUCUCGAUAGUUUGGACACCGUUAAGACGUCUUGUAAGUUGGCUCUGUUUUCAUCUGACAUUGACUCGGCGAACGAAGGCACCGGGUCGAAUCUCAUUAGUUCCAUGUCCACCGAUCCGGCCACAACGGAAUUGUUGAUUGAUCUCGGCCGGGGCUUAUACAAACUUAUGUUCCAGUUGCUGCUGUUGAUUGAAUCGGACCACAAAAUCGCGAUAAGUGUUGUUCAAAACUUGCGACAGAACGAAAAAAUGCAAGACCUCUCAAAUUUGUAUGUGUCGGUUCGCGGUGCGCUGCUACGUUGUAUUGAUGAUGCUGAGAUGGAAUCUCUGGACACGUCCACCUCCACGGAGGGAGAAAACACUCCCACACCCUCUCCUGGGCUGCCAAUGAACAACUGCGAGUUCGAGAACAGUCUCAUCGAAUUGAUUGAUAAUCAACGCUGGUCGGCAGCCAUAAAUCACGUCAAGCAGCACAAACAGAUGUCGAACCUGUCGUCCUCCAACUACAAUCUCUCGGGAAUAACUGGCGGCAAUGGAAUCAGCGGCGGAGGCUCUGGAUUGCAACAUGAUGCUAACUUUGGCACCAGCGCAUAUAGCUCGACAUCAGAAUUCAAAUCCACCGAUGAUUUAUCCAUCAUCUUGAAUAUCUACUCACAGAGACUGACAAAGGAUCGAAACGAUGUAUUUAUCGCGUCCCGGUCGGAAAUUGAGCUGAGUGAAAUUUAUCAAAUUCUGAUGGAAAAUCUGUUGCACGUGUCGUCUGCUCUGUCGAACAUGGAAAUUGGUAUGAAGCCAACGAACAACACCAGUUCGUCAUCAUCAACGGGAACUACGAUGACGACCAUACCGGCUGUCUCCGUUGGUUCCUUGUCUGGUGGUGUUGGACCGAGCGGAACAGUGGGAAUGGCGGGAUUGCCGACACCUGCCCAGCAUGGCCCGGUGCUGGCGUCGACCAAUCCAUUCAAAGAUACGGUCGAUAUUAUCACAACGUUAUAGGUCAGGACAGAACGUAGUUCGACCUAGAAAGUCAGUGCCUGAAAGAGGAUUUAUUAAUUACUUUCAAUUCGGUUCGUAUUGUCAAUUCUAAUUACAUUGAUUGAUUCGUAUUAUUUCUGUGACCCAUACAAUGGGAGCAUCCGGGAGGAAGUAAGACAAAUGUUUUUGAAAGUAACGCGGUAGAUGAGUGAGCGAUGAGUUGAAAUGUAGCUAAUAUUAGAGACUUAUUCGUAUUAUCUGAAAUAAUCAAUCCUAGUUUAAUGACAACGUUUUGCAUGCUGCAGAAAUGGCAAAUAUUAUACAUGAUUAAAAUCGAAAUAUUUUUUUUUGUUUAAUUGAUUUCUGAAUGGCACAAAGACUAAUGGUUUUCACAAUUUCGUGAACUGAAUACACAUACGUAUAAUACAUGUUUUAGCUACUUGAUGCACCAUAAUUUUAAACAAAUAAAAACUACAUUACAAUAAA